AUGGCCUGGUGCAAUACAAUUCCCAAUGCGGGCAUCUCCUUACAGAACUCCUCUUCAAGCGGUCUCAGCUUCAGUAUCGUGACCAUGGGCGCCUCAAUAGCCUACGGCCUCCUCUCCGCAGACGCCAACGGCUUCCGCCUCGGCCUUCAAGAUCUCCUUCGAGCCAACGGCACUCAAACAACGAUGGUCGGCACCCAGUGGUCCGGCAACAUGACCGAUAACCACCACGAGGCCUAUCCAGGCGUGAAGAUUUCCGAACUCAACAAUUUGACUUAUCAUUCUGGCGUGUAUGACAUGGCACCUAAUGUCAUUCUCAUUAAUGUGGGUACUAACGACUGCUGGUGGGUUCAAGGCGAGAAUGGGACGGGUGCUGCAACGCGGUAUAGCUACCUCCUCGACAGUAUCAGCGCCAGAGCGCCUGGUGCGCUUGUGCUUCCUUCUACUCUGAUACCCAGCACGAACCCUACGCAAGACCAAUGCAUACGCGAUGUCAAUUCAGCUCUACGUCCUGUAGUGGAAGUUGCGGCUGGCAAGGGCCAACAUGCACGAUUAGUGGAGAUGUACGAUGUGGUCCCUCUGGAUCAGAUGGCGGAGGAUGGUACGCAUCCGACUGAUCUCGGGUAUCAGUUGAUGGCGCGGCAGUGGUACGAGGCUAUAUAUAAUGCUACGCAAGCGUUGUGUCCGAAGGAGGAUUUCGUGGCUGAAGCGGCGGCUUCUGCUUCUGCUGCUGCGGCGUCCGCAGCGGCGACAAGUAGUGCGGCAAAUCCAUCCAGCUCAUCUUCGAAGACGGUCUCGGCGGCAACCACACUCUCGCUGCAGAAAACUUUGUGGCUUCUGAUGGGUGUGGCAACGUGGGUAAUCAUCGCCUGA